ACAUUAUUGUCAUCCCACAAAUUUAGAAAUCCCACCAAAUUGGUCGCAGUCCACACAAAAAUAUAUAAAUACAGUCUUCAACUGAACACAUCCGCUUGCAAUAGCCUAUCAAAAUUGUGAUCAUGUGAAGAAGACAAACUCUUGCAUCUAUCUAUAUACGGUUUGUUUUUGCUUUCAUCUAAGGGGCAAUGAUGGGUACUGUCAUUGAAGAAGAUGACACAUUCACCAAAGCCCUUGGAAGAGGACCUAUCUUUUAUUACGGCAUGGGACACAUGCUCAAUGACAUAACUUCUGCUUGUUGGUUCACCUAUCUAUUAUUGUUCUUGACAGAUAUCGGUUUCUCACCAAGGAAUGCAGCUAUUGUGAUGCUUUCAGGUCAAGUAGCUGAUGCAUUUGCCACAGUAUUUGUUGGUGAACUGAUAGACAGAUUUGGACAUUUCAAGAUAUGGCAUGGGGCCGGAUCUUUAUUGGUGGCUAUUUCAUUUUCUUCUGUUUUUGGUGGUUGUUUACCAUGCACAAUUUUUACUUCAGAUUCAAUUACUUUUGAAACCGUGAGUUACAGCGUGUUUGCAGCAAUUUUCAACGUGGGAUGGGCUGCUACUCAGGUCUCGCACAUGUCCAUGGUGAGCUGCAUCACGCUGAACUCAACAAGCAGAGUUGCAUUAGCUAGCUGUCGCAAUGCUUUUACCAUGGUUGCAAACCUGAGUUUAUAUGCAAUUGCUUUGAUAGUAUUCAGUGUCGUCAAUGGAAAAACAUAUGCUAAUGUUGAGAAUCAGUACCGCUGGAUUGCAUACGUUUCAAUUUUUAUAGGAUGUUGCUUUGUCGGCAUAUUUCUUCUUGCAACUAAAGAGCCCAGAUUGCAGAUGGACGUACACGGAAAGGCUCGUGGGAGGAUUUCAUGGGCUUACUGGUUCAAGAGAGUUUUAUAUUACCAGGUUGCUCUUAUUUAUGUCCUGACAAGAUUAAUUGUCAACAUUUCACAGGCGUACCUUGCUUUCUAUGUGAUUAAUGACCUACAAAUGGCUCAAUCAGCCAAAGCUUUGGUUCCUGCUAUCAUAUACAUCAGCAGUUUCAUUGUAUCGAUUGCAUUACAGGAGAUAGCAUGGACCGGAAAACUUCUCAAGGCUUACUUCUCUGCUGGAUCCAUUCUUUGGAUUUUUUGUGGUGCAGUUAUCAUGCUUUUAACUGACCACAUGAGUUAUGCCAUGUACAUAGUUUCAGUAUUUAUUGGGAUAGCAAAUGCUCUCAUGAUGGUAACUGGAAUUAGCAUGCAAAAUUUUCUCAUUGGAGAGAAUCUUAAUGGAUGUGCUUUUGUUGUUGGAUCAUUGAGCUUUCUGGACAAAAUGUCAUGCGGGAUUGCUUUAUAUAUUCUUCAGUCGUAUCAAAAUAUCUCCCCACAGCUCCAAGCUAUUAAUCAGUUCCCCCCAUCAAUUACAAGAUUGGGCUUGGGUCUUGUUCCUGCAGUUUGUGCAUUACUUGGAGUGGUAGUAGCUUGCACAAUGGAUUUCCAUCAUCCUUCCAACUCUUUGACAGCACCACUAUUGGUAUAGUUCCGUAGAUGAUGAAGAUAAUUAUUAGUCUUCUCCAACAUAUAGAUUGUGUGGGUCACACUGGAAUAUUUUCAGCUGUUUUGAUCCAUCCAAAAUUCAAUCCUUAAAAGUAAUAGUAUUCCACGUUUUAUUGCCAAUAUGUGUAUAGUUAUUAUUCAAUUGUCGUUGAUUAUUGCUAAUCCGUAGGCAAAUGUAUAUAAAGUAACUUUAUAUUUGAUUUAUUUGAUUUAAAUCAAGUAUAUAGAUAGCAUCACCAAGAAAUAAAGAUAUAUUAAUAUCAAAAAUCAAAAGAAAGAUACAAUGAUACUGAAUUAUGUAUCUAUUCAAUUCUUCAUUGAAGUUCUGAGUCACUGAUCAGAUACAAAAGAAAAAAGAAGAGAAAUUUCUUCCAAUUUAUAAGUGUUUGUUGGCGCAACAAUUUACAAAGUUGAAGUUUCUAGAAAUUAUUCUGUU